AUUAUUGCGUAUGUAUCAAAUAGGUGUUUUUAUUUGGUGUUUUCGUGAGAGAGAACAACUGCGGACAAUACAAUUCUGAUAGGGAAAAGUGGUUUUAGGGUCUUAAGCAAAUUUAGAUUAAUAACCUAGUGGUGGGAAUUCGUAUACAGCGAGAAAUUUAUAAAAAGAUGGACCUUAGAUCAUUUCGCGCGUCUGUGAUAUUCCAUUAAACAUUUUCGUGUCAUUUUAACAAAAUAAUUUUAACGAUAGAAUGAUUAUAAAUAUGUGUAAUAUAAUGAAUAUAUUAAGACUGGAAACUAUAUAAGGCAUUGGAGUGUAUUUAUUCAGAAUCGGCUGAUUACACAUUCUAUUUUUCUAUUUCUGGAAAUGUUUUAGAUACAAAAAAGGAUUGAAAAGACGUCAGAAACAACGCAGCAGAAAUAGAAGGAAAGAAAAACUAAACGAGAUAAAGAAAGUGUUUGAAGAACAUUACAGUGAAUAUAGUGCACCAACAUUGGACGGCAUGGUUGUCUUAACACGGGAUAGGCCACAAACGUUUGCAGAAUGGCGCUCACAUCAAUCUUCGACAAGUCCUGCAGUGCUGACGACCCAGCCACCUUCUCGUGAGUCCAGGUAUUUUGUCAAGUCAAGCCGAACUGCUAGGUCGAUCUCACCGACUCGAACUUCGCCAAGAGCGCCAAUUUACGAGCGUGGAAGGUCAAAGCAAAAGAUUGUUUAUCAAAAUCGAGGGGAAAACAACACACUUGUUUAUCAGAGAUCCAAAUCAGCACCUAAUUUGAACCGUAAGGAAUAUGUUCCUUCCUAUCCACCAUCCUAUCCAAAUCGUCAGUUAUUCUACACAAAAUCGCAUUAUCUUGCCAUAAAACAACCAUUUUCUAAGAAGUAUCUGUUGCCACCGGUACGUACCUUCUACGCCGAGCGUCCCGUCGCCAAACGUGUUGUUGUUCCUGCUCCCGCUCCCGCACCCCGUCAGGUUGUAGUCCCACCCCCGAGGCAAGAGGUGGUCAAACCAAAUGUUUACCAUGUCCAGUACAAAGCUUCUCCAAACCAGAUAGUUCACAGGACUAAGUUGACAGAAAAUAUAGAUGAAGAUUUCAGGUUGCAAACAACAAACACGAGUCAGUAUCAAAAUACAUAUCAAAACUACCGCAGCUACGAGGAACCCGUGCAUACAACAUACAGGUCGUACGAGGAACCCGUGCAAACCACAUAUCGAACCUAUGAGGAGCCUAUCCAAACUACUCUGUCAAACUACCAGCCUAGAGUAGUGCGACCACAAUCUUCUUAUGUAUACAGAAUAUCAAAUAGUGAUGGUAGCGGACUUCGAGCAACAGAAUGGUCUGGAGAAACUACUGGAAUAAAUACUCAGCUUUUGACAGCACCGGAAGGGGAAAGCGCUUUUCAAAGAACCACUACAUAUACGAUGAACUACACAGACGAGGCCCGCGUCUCUAAUGGAACAGAACUGAACAAAACCGUAGCAGACGACUUCACAAUAAUAGAUUACGUAGAAGAAGGUCAAGGUCAGAGAUCUAGUAAUAGGGUCAUCAGUGGAGCGGGCACUUCCGGUACAGGUGUGGUAACGGUCAUCAGCACUACAAAUGCUGAGGAGGGUCAAACUCAUAACUCCUCAGCACUGAAUGCACUUGACAACCUACUGGGUGAUAAUGCGUCGAAUAAGUCCAGUAGCUCAAGUAGCUCCAGUAGUAGCAGUAGCAACAGCAGCAAGUCGUCAAAGAAAUCUUAAGUUAAGAAAAAAUGGCCGCCCUUAAAGCCUCUUUACAAUCUGUAAGGACUACAAGUUCUGAAAAAAUAGUGUUCAGACAAAUGGUCACUUUCUUUAAUGAUGCAAACUAUAUUUAGAUAAGAAAAUACGUGUACACGAUUAUACAAACAUUUUACGGCAUCUACCAACAUGGACAUAUAAAUAAUACGUACAUGAUUCUUCAAAUCAAGGAUAAAACUGAUUAUAAACAGUUAAGGUCAGAUAAAAUUAAUUAUUUACAUAUCUAUAGGGAACACCUUUCACGUGCGUCCGCUUAGUUUUGAAUUUAAUGCAUUUACUCUCGCUUUCACAUAUAUACUAUUGAUGUGAACUUUAUAAUUGAAGAAUCAAAUAAACACCUAAUUGCCUUAUUGAAUCAACGGAUGUUUCGUCUGGGACAUGUUUUCCUAGCUUUCAGAACUGCUCUCCGAUAAUAAUCAAUUAUCAUAGCCAUGUUUAGCUGUGUUCAAUCAAUCAAUACCUUUCCUCGUUGUUGUUGACAUUUCGACGCCAUUGUUGUAAAAAUAUUGUCAUUUUCUUAUGCAGGCUGAUUACACAGUUUGUUAACCUAACGCCACUGAUUACUUCCCUUAGACAUAUAUUUGCAACAGGCACGUAGCGGUAGCCUCCCUUUUAUUAUAUUUUUCUUAUUAAAUAUAUAUGUGCUAUUGACAUGUAGAUAUGUGGUUCAGAGAUGUGUAGAAUGUGGUUCAAAGUGCAUGUUUGAUAAAAAUAGCAUGCAUGAUAACAGGGGAGUUAUAUACAUUUCAUGAUAUUACCAUGUAUUUUUUCUGCAUGUAUGUCAUUUUGUGUUUAUGCGGAAAACUUGAAACAAUAAAAUUUAUAUAACACUUUGUAUUUCAAAAGUAUAGUGUAAAUGUAUUAACAUGCAUUAUCUAAUAUAUCAAGCUAUGCUAUUGAUUCUAUUGAAAUUUUAUGACUGUAUUGGUGGCACUUUCUGUAGAUGUAUUGUUAUAUUUGCAUUCUCAAAAUGUUAACUCACAGAAAUGCAAAAAAAUAUGCUUAUAAUUGUAUUUAACUAGAUCAUUCACUAAUUGAAAUAUUAGGCUGUGUUUUAAGACAAAAUGUGCAUUGAGUUGCCAUAAUAUUGACAUAAGUUUAGAGCUCUUAUACGCAUGUUUCCGAGCUAUAUUUUACUCAUUUGUCACAAAGUUUCCGGAAAUCGCUUCCGUAUUCCAAACGGACUUUACUUAUUGCUGCAGAUGUAUAUAUUACCACCAUUGUUUAUCCGGCCAUUUCAUUAACAUCAUAGAUCAAGUUCAAUACAAAUCAUUUAAAAAAAAUAUCAAUCAGGAUUUCUACCGUAUAUUUUCUUACACAAGAUAUUGAGCUAACGAGAAUUUACGGAAACAUCCGGAAAUGACCGAUAAUAUGUACUCAUAUCUUGCUAUUACUCAUAUUAUAUAAGUUUAUCCAAUGAUAUAUUUGUUAUUUAUCUGGUUUAUUUACAUGAAAAGCUUUGUUUUAUGUUAACAAAUUUAAUAAAAUACUAUAUAUAAAUUAA